CACCACGACACCUCCACCCACGCACCAUGGCUAGCGAUCGCGGCAAAGAGAACAUCGCGGACGGGCUGGUCGCCGGCGCGUCUUUCAAGGCGCCCGUGCUGUCGUCGAAGAAGUCCUCGCGGAAAACACGAAGCAAGAGCAUUGGGCCAGGCGGUCUCGGUGCCCCAGAAGCACCCGCGCUGAAGGAGACCAGCGGAAACCGGCGCAAGUCCGCCUUCAUACCCGCAGUCAAGUCCAUCCUCGCCUCGAACGACGAAGACGAGAGGAAACGACGCGAAGCACGUCGGAAGUCGCUUGCAAGGCGACGCGUUUCUUUCGCCCCGGAGGCGACGCUCCACACAUGGGACGUAGUCGAGUACCUGCGCGAUGCGACCAGCUCCUCCGCAUCCUCUGAAGCAACCCGGCGAGCUUCUGGUGUCUCGGAUGCGACGACACACGCAGCACAAACACCAGAUUCAGAUGCGGAGGAGCCUCCAUCCACCCCACCAGAGCGCGUCGAGGAGCCGGAGCCAGAACCCGGAUCCUCCCCCGCCAACCAGCGCGAUCUCCACCAGAAAAAAAACCGACGGCGCAGCUCAGGGAUCCCUCCCAUGAACUUCAACAAUCCAGAGGAUGUCUUCUCCUCGAGUCCGCUGAGCGGCGACAACGAUUCUCCCGCCGGCACGGAGAACCUUGGGAAUGAUUCGGAUGACGACGGCGCAGCUGCGAAGAUGGAUGACUCGCUUGACUCCAACGACUCGCAGAGCAGCGCUAAGUUAGAUGCUGCGCUGCGACAGGCUGCCGCCCGCGCUGGCACGCAGCGGUUGGAUCUGGACGACGAUGAGGACAUGUCUAUGGUCAUGGCAGAGGACGACAUCACCGCAUCAUUCAAGCCUUGGGCACAGCAGAGCCGAAGGCCCGCCGCUGAGGAUCAGGACAACGCCGACCCAUUUUCUCCUGCUAUAGCAGAAUUGCGCACUGCCGGCGGAGACGAGGACAUAAGCAUGGACAUUACACGUGCCGUCGGUAGGAUUAUCGCUCACCCAGAGGCUCAGAGCCCGCAAUCUGAUGAUACGAGCAUGGAGCUCACGAUGCCGCUUGGAAGCAUCCAGGCUGUAAGCGCCAAAGAGACAGGGAACCGAAGGAAGAGCCUCAAGCGCAGGGCGUCGCUCGCUGAGACAUCCCAAGGCAGUCCAGCCAAACGUCCUGCGGGCCGUAGGACUAGUCUGCGACAUCGAGCCACUCACGACGGAAGUCCCUCUUCCGACGACCAGACAAUGGAGCUUACCAUGGUAAUGGGAAGCAUAAAGAGCCAGUCUUCUCGCAAGUCUGAGGAAGAGCCAGGGAGGCGAAACAGCGUGGACACUUCUUUCGGUGAUGAGACCAUGGACCUCACGCUUGCUGUAGGAGGCAUCAAGGAUGCCCAACCUGCCCACAUGGCGGAGAAAAGCGAACCAGACGACGAAGACUUGUCCAUGGAAUUUACGAAGGUGGUUGGACCCGGCAUCAAGCAUCUAAACAAAUCGGUCGAAACACCAGUGAAGGCUACGAUUGUGGCACAAAACUCGACAACAAAGGCGAAGACGCCCAUGCCAGGGCAAUCACCUCGAAAGUCCCCUGGUCGGCCGAAAGCAUCCGGUUUGAGUGUGACAAGUUCCUCGUCUCCUCAUAAAGCAGUCCAAGCAACUCCCGCGAAGUCCUCCGGGCGGCCACGUCGAAACUUCAAUCUCGCCACUCCAGAGAUACUGCCACUAGCCCAGCAGCGAAUAGAAGACUUCGAGCCAUCACCUUUUGUACGCAGUGCCCAGCAGAGCGCUUCUACGCCAAGCGAAACCGUCUCCACGCCCACGAAUCGGACCCGAAAUGCGCCGGCAAGAAUUCCUGACGACCCUAUCGCUGCUCCGAUCCUUAACCGACGCCGUUCGUCGUUGUCUUCGGUACAGUUUAGCCCGCUUGCCACCGCACGGGGAGAGCCGACCUUGAAGAGCACCGCAUUCCUGACGAAUAGCAUCAAACUUCUUUCCACGCCAAGGAAGCAGACUCUGACUUCGCCUGUAAAGCAUGGUCUAACGCCCAAGAAGUCACAGACGCCUCAAAAGGAGCCGACACCGAAGCACAAGACCUCAACUCCAAAGAGAGCAACGCCAAGGAAGAGCAUCAGCCCGAAGAAGAGGGUGGCAUUUGGAGAUGAGCCGGAGGACAAGGAGAAUGUUUCUGAUGAGGGCGUCGAGGAGGUCGUAGAAGAAGUUGAGCGCAUUUCACUACAAGAAUUCCUCGAGCUGACUAAGAUUCGCUUUAUGGAUCUCAGCACCACCAAGCGUCGACAUACUGCUGCUCCAGCCGCCUUCCAUGACAAAGAGAUUGAGGAGAAGGAUGAGUCUCUGGAUCGCUAUGUGGUGGCAGGCGCUUGCACCCUUCCUGAGUUCGAGCUGUACCAGCAUGCUUGCCACGAGAUGAAGAAGUACAUAUCUGAUGGUCGCCAUUUCGUUCGGACAAUGGAAGCGAACGUCAUGGAAGAGAAUCCGCUGCUGUUCAGCGAAUAUCUCACGGCUCCACCGGAUCAGCGUAUCAUUAUGGACAAUCAAUUCAAGAACUUAAAGACGAGCGCUCGGCUUGAAGCUCGCGGAGAGUGGUACGGAUGGAGGGGCACGCUGCUUCAGGAUCUCAAGGCUGGUCUCCUUGGCACAAUGGAGGGCUUCAAGCGCGAUGAAUCCGUUCUAGUAGAUCAGGAGAAGCUUCUCGAUGCUGUGCUUCCAUCUCUAACGGAGAAGCAAGAGCAGCUAGACAAAGAGUGUAGGCAGCUGCAACAACGGCACGAUGAGCUGAACAGCUGCGAUCGCGAAGAGCUAGAACGGGCUCGCGAGCAACUUGUCUGCUUGGACGCAGAAAUUGAGGGGAAGCGUCAGCUCGUUACACAGUUGCAGGGAGAGCUGGCUGGGAAGGAAUCCCGUAUCGAAGCGGUCAAGGAACGCAAAGCCGAAUGUAUCGCAGAGAUCAAAGCGGCUGAGCGUCUUCGAGAGGAGUGUCGCGGGUGGUCUACGACCGAAAUCAAUGACUUGAAAGCCCAGGUGACUACCCUCGAAAAGGCUCAUAGCUGGAGCAUCACUUCCGCCUCAUCGGGCAUGAUCACUAUGACUCAUCUAAACGAUCUCGAGCUAUACUUCCAGCCUUCUGCCUUUGCAACAGGCGCAAAUACCCCGAACGCCUCCAUCUCUCUAACCUAUGUCGGCGACACGGCUACACCACAUGCUCGACCCUUGACAACGAGCAAACGCUUCUUCCUCCAGCUGAUUCGGGCUCACCUGCACUGUAUCCCCCAGUCACAGACUCGCGUUGCAGAGCUGCUAUCGUUUGUUAAGGCUGGAUGGGCUGCGGCACUUUCCGUGGCCGAAGGUGUCCGAUGGCUUGGGCACAACCACAUCACGGAGGAGUGCAUCCUGUCUGAUGAGCAGAUGGCCAUUUCCUCCAACAUGCUCCUACCCUCUCUCCAGACAAAGAUCAAGGUCACUUUUGAGAUCGGCGUCAGCCUUGGCUUGAACGCGGUAGAGACAGAGGUCGGAACGAAGGCGGAGCUGGUGUAUGGGGAGAAAUACAGCGAGGAGAAGAUGGGUGCGUUCUUGCGGGACUUCUGUGGUGGUCAGGUCAAGCACGAAAAAGACAUGGCGAUUUGGGCCGACGCGAUUCUGGAUCUGGCCGGUAGGCUGAGAGCUACCGGGAGGAAGGGAGAGCGGGCGUGAGGACGGAUCCAAUUUUCUAUGGUCAAUGGUUCUUCCAUGUCGCAUGACGCUCAGAUUGUUACGAGACAUGACGGCGUCCUUGGGCAUCAUCGGCUUGCAGUUCAUGAUGGGAGGUCUUCGUUGUUUGAAUAAAUGAACACAUCUGUAUUG